AUGGAGGACAUCGACGAUAUAUUAAACUCCGUUAGCAGAGAUGAUAUCGAUCUCCCAGAAUUCACUGCCCUUGAUUACCAACAGUUAACGCGGUUCUGGGUGGCGGAGCGCGCGGCGCCUGACUUACUCCCAUGGCCUGGACCAUUAAUGGAGAGGGUGAUGGAGAGGGUGAAGAAGCAGAUAGCUAAGAUUGAAGAUAUCUCUAUCUCCGACCCAACGAGUACUACCGCAAAUAACCCAACCCUUAACCUCACCCUCUCAAUCAUCCAAUCUGACCUCUCUCGGACGCAAUACCUUAUUCGUUCCUUGCUUCGGCAACGACUAGCAAAACUAACGAAACACCCGAUCCAUUUUCUUCGUCUGUCGUCUGGGUCCGGUGCCUCUCAACAGCUGUCCACACAACAACCUGGCCUCCUUUCGCCUCAAGAACAUGAUUUCCUGUCAUCACACCACUCCCUUCUAUCUGCACACUACAGUCAGUCCUUUCUCUCAAGUUUCCCUCCUGCCCUGAGGAAACUGGACGAUAAUGCUGGUGGGACGUCUAUGGUAACUAAGCCUGAGACUAAGGAAGUGGUGUUUGUACGGUGUUUAGCUGAAAGUGUGGAUAUGGUGAUUCCCGCUGAGCCUGAACAGGCGGACCGGUUGACCAUGGGAGAUCGACUGGGAGAAAGGAUGGGGAAGGGUGAGGUGUGGAUGGUGCGGUGGGAAGCUGUUAGGGAGGCCUGGCGGAAGGGAGAGGUGGAGGUUCUUUGA